AUGGAGGGGCAGUUACAACUCAGCAACCUGUCUGGACUGACACCAGAAGACCAAGACCUUGUCUCGCGGUUUGGACAAGGCCCGAGGCUUCCUGUUCCUCACAACACUGUGCACCAAGCUUUCGAAAGCAUCGUUGACGCAUAUCCUACAGUCGUGGCUGCCAUACACGGGGACCGGGAAAUCACAUAUCACCAGUUGGAUCUCGCUGCCAAUCGUCUUGCACACCACCUCAUAGGCUCAGGUCUUCGACCAAAGCAACGAGUAUGUCUCGUAGUACAACGGUCACUGGAGAUGCUCAUUGGUAUCCUUGCCAUCUUGAAAGCCGGGUGUCAGUACGUACCAAUCGAUGGAGGAGUCGCCUCGAACCAUGCACUGCAGCACAUCUUUGAGGACACAGAAGCUCGUUUCAUCCUCUGCCUAUCCAAGUACUGGGAUAAGGUAAGGCAGUUCGCACGCAAGGAAGCCAUCAUACUGGAGUUGGGCAUGGAUACAGGAGCAUUUUAUUCUCCCCUCAGACCUUGCAUCAAGGUAUCCCCUAACGAUGGAAUCUAUGCCAUGUACACCUCAGGAAGUACCGGCGUACCGAAAGGUGUGGAUGUCAAACAUGGCACCAUGACGAACGCAUUGCUACUGGAACCUGGGAGAUUACGAAUCACCGUCGGCUCCAAGGUUGCUCAAGUGCUGAGCAUCUCUUUUGCUAUGGGCGCAUGGGAGAUGCUUGGUUCUCUUGUCAAUGGAGGUACUCUUUACCUUCGAGGUUCUGAUUGGAACGCCACACUCAAGCAGAUCGACACUUUGAUUUCUACCCCAUCCAUCCUCUCGAAGUAUCAGCAACAAAGCUACUCAAACAUCAAGACGGUCGUCGUCGCAGGAGAAGCAUGUCCACAAUCUCUCGCAGACGAUUGGGCUCAAGGUCGUAGUUUUUAUAACCUUCUUGGCUCGACAGAAGUCUUUCUGUUCUCUGCGCAUCAACACGUGAUAGGAGAGCCCCUCUCCAUCGGUCGGCCACUGCCAAAUACCACAUGCUAUAUCCUCGAUGAUACAGGAAAUCCUGUUCCCGUUGGCCAGAGAGGGACCCUGUGGGUCGGUGGUGCGGGCGUUUCCAAAGGCUAUAUCAAUUUGCCUCUCACAACGGCCGAGAAAUUCCAAGCCGAUAGAUUUUCAAACGACGGCACCACAAUGUACAACUUUGGCAAUGUUGUGUGUUGGAGAGCUGAUGGCUCGUUGGACUCGUUCGGACGCAUGGAUGAUCAAGUGAAGAUCAAGGGCUUCCGUGUCGAACUCGAUGGUGUUACAGCGGUUCUUGAGCAAUUCGAGGGCAUAACGCAAGCAACUUCUCUUGUGAUUGACGGCAUUCUGCAUGGCUUCUAUACAUCAUUGACGCCCAUUAGUGAGAAUGGACUCGAUGUUUUCGUCCGGAAACACCUGCCAUACUACUCAGUACCCGAGCGCUGGAUCCGAGUCGAUACCGUUCCUUUGAACCCUAACGGAAAGGUGGACAAGGCGCAGCUGAAGGCAAUUGCGGCGGAACUCAGCCUUCCUGCAACAGACGUCAAGCCUGCGAAGCCCAACCAUCAACGAGUGGAUUCAGCUUUCGACGAUCUGGUCGCUCGCCAAGAAGUUGUGGUGCCACUUCCUGUCAUCAAGCAAGAGUCUUCUCGAACUUCUAUCCACGACAUCGAUCUCGAGAAAGGAGUGCGAUGCAAGACUUCACAUCUCAGCUCUUCAUCCGGAAGCACAAACGCAGACGAUAUACUAGCUAUUCUACCAGAGGCCAAUGGAUCACCCACUGGACAUUGGUUACGCCACCGCGGGCUAAUCGCAUAUCGCUGGUUUCUUAUCCCGAUCGUCGCUGUGAACAUCGGGGUGGCAUGCUGGAUUCUGAAUCGUGGCAUCAAAGACCAACACUACCCUCUGUCAUACGUCGCAACAGCCACAGCAGCGAACCUCUGCGCUUCAAUCCUAAUACGUUCGGAGCCAGUGAUCAACCUCCUCUUUACUGUGUUUUCCUCGGUCCCUACCUGGAUGCCACUGGCAGUACGUCGCAUCUGCGCGAAUGUUUAUCACGUUGGUGGUAUACACGUCGGUUGUGCUAUUGCCGCAGUAAUCUGGUUCAUCGCCUUUGUGGUCGGUGCAAGCAUUGACCUCGCCAAAGACGCAAAUGCGCGAGCUAUUACGCUGGCUCCAACAGUCUUGACCUACCUAAUUCUGGCGUUACUUCUUUCAAUGACCGUACUUUCGCAUCCAUUUCUCCGCAAUAGAUACCAUGACCUAUGGGAGAACUUACACCGUUUUGGCGGCUGGACGGUGCUCAUUCUCUAUUGGGUACUGGUCGGCCUUUCUACCAAGGACCUGAGCCGCGGAUCUGGUCAGUCCACGUCGGGGGCCUAUCUUCGCAAUCCAUCGAUAUGGCUGAUCGCAGCGGCAUCGCUAGCAAUCAUCUUCCCGUGGCUUUUCCUUCGCCGUGUUCCUGUCCGAUCUGAGGUUCUGUCCUCCCAUGCUGUCCGUCUACACUUCGAUUCGGAGGUCGCUCCAGGUCAGGGUGUCCGUCUCGCCGAACGCCCACUCAGCGACUGGCAUGGAUUCGCUACCAUCACCAAUGCGCGUGGCAACAACCUAGACAGCAAUGGGAAAGGAUACUCGGUAAUCGUCAGCCGUGCUGGCGAUUUCACAGGUCGCGCUAUCGACAAUGCACCGACACAUAUCUGGCGACGAGGUAUCCCUACCUGCGGUGUCCUACGUAUCGCUACUCUUUUCAAGAGCGUGGUAGUGGUGGCGACAGGAUCCGGCAUCGGCCCAUGCCUCUCUAUAUUCCCAUAUCACCAAAUCGCUAUGCGCAUUCUCUGGACAGCACCAAACCACGAGAAGACGUUUGGUAGGUCCAUCGUUGCAGACGUCCGUCGGCGAGACCCAAAUGCGGUCAUUUACAACACGCGAGAGUCAGGAAAGCCUGACAUGAGUCUAUUGACAUAUAGACUGUAUAAAGAGAGCGGUGCUGAGGCGGUACUGGUCAUCAGCAAUAAGCGAUUCACGCAGCAGGUCGUUUAUGACAUGGAGAAACGUGGCAUCCCAGCGUAUGGAGCGAUUUUUGAUUCUUAG